UUGAACCGCCUUUUUAUAUCUCUCUCUUUCUCUCCUUCUUUCUCUUUCUCCUCCUCCUUUCCUCCUCCCCUGGAGAGAAAGAGGGAAGCAGUCCCAAAGGAAGUUCCCCCUCACACACAGCCCUCCAUCCCUCUCUCUCUCUCUCUCUCUCUCUCAGGACCUGGGCCACUGGUUUCCCCCUUGGAGAGCCAUGGCUGGCCCUGGACGCCUCCUUGGCCUCUGCUUCUUCUCCUUCUCCUGCCUCCUUUGCAACGCUUUCAACCUGGACUCGGCCCGCCCGGCUGUUUACUCCGGAGCCCAAGGGAGUUACUUCGGUUUCGCAGUGGAUUUCUUUGCUCCAGACCCUGCUUCGAUGUUUCUCAUUGUGGGUGCUCCAAAGGCAAACACAAGUCAACCUGGAAUUGUACAAGGAGGCCAGGUGCUAAAAUGCAACUGGAACUCUAAUAGAAGAAAUUGCCAGCCAAUUAUCUUUGAUACUACAGGCAACAGAGACUUUGCAGUAAAUGAUCCUUUGGAAUUCAAGUCAAAUCAAUGGUUUGGGGCAUCGGUGAGAGCAAAAGAUGACAAAAUUUUGGCAUGUGCCCCACUGUAUCACUGGAGAACUGAACAGAAAGCAGAGCGGGAACCUGUAGGAACUUGUUAUCUGCACGACGGGUCUAACACUGUUGAAUAUGCUCCCUGCAGGUCAACAAAUAUUGAUGCAGAAGGGCAGGGCUUUUGUCAAGGUGGAUUUAGCAUUGACUUUACCCAGGGAGACAGAGUACUUCUUGGAGGACCUGGCAGUUUUUAUUGGCAAGGUCAGCUUAUUUCUGAUCAAGUGGCUGAGAUUGUGUCGAAGUACAACGCUAAAGUCUAUACUACCAAGUAUGAGAACCAGUUAGCAACACGGUCAGCAAGUGCGGUAUUUGAUGACAGUUAUUUGGGUUAUUCAGUAGCUGUAGGAGAUUUCAACGGUGAUGGCAUAGAAGAUUUUGUGUCUGGUGUUCCAAGGGCAGCAAGGACUUUGGGCAUGGUGUCAAUUUAUAAUGGAAAAAAUAUGGCAUCCAUGUAUAACUUCACUGGAGAACAGAUGGCUGCAUACUUUGGAUAUUCUGUAGCUGCCACAGAUAUCAGUGGUGAUGGUUAUGCAGAUUUACUCGUAGGAACCCCACUCUUCAUGGAUCGUGGCUCUGAUGGCAAGCUUCUAGAAGUGGGACAGGUGUCUGUUUACCUUCAACAAUCCUCUGGACGCUUUCACCGUCCAGUCAUGAAGCUGAAUGGCUUUGAGGUCUUUGCAAGAUUCAGCAGUUCAAUUGCACCUUUGGGAGACCUUGACCAAGAUGGCUUCAAUGACAUUGCAGUUGCAGCUCCUUAUGGUGGAGAAGAUAGGAAGGGCCUGGUUUACAUCUACAACGGGAGAGCCACGGGUUUGAAUGGAGUGCCGUCUCAAGUCCUUGAAGGGCAGUGGGCCUCGGAGACAAUGCCACCAAGUUUUGGCUAUUCAUUGAAAGGAGCUACUGAUGUGGACAAAAAUGGCUAUCCAGACUUGAUCGUAGGAGCUUUUGGUGUUGACAAAGUUGCUUUAUAUAGGGCACGGCCAGUCAUAACUGUAAAUGCUGUACUAGAGGUUACACCAACAAUUCUAAAUCCAGAGAACAAAUCCUGUGAAGAAAAUGGUCAGAAGGUUUCUUGCUUUAAAGUGAAGUUCUGCUUGAAAGCUGAUGGCAAAGGAAAUCUCCCCAAAGACCUAAAUUUCCAUGUGGAGUUGCUGUUGGACAAACUUAAGCAAAAAGGGGCCAUAAGGAGAGCCCUGUUUCUUCACAGCAGACAACCUGGUCACUCUAAGAACAUGACUGUCCCAAGAGGGGGUCGAAUGAGUUGUGAAGAACUUCAGGCUUUCUUAAGGGAUGAAUCUGAAUUUAGAGACAAGCUUACCCCAAUCACCAUUUUCAUGGAAUAUCAACUAGAUUACAAAACGGCUUCUGAUUCUACUGGUUUACAGCCCAUCCUCAACCAGUUUACUCCUGCAAAUAUUAGCAGACAGGCUCAUAUUCUUUUGGACUGUGGUGGUGACAAUAUCUGCCGACCAGAUUUGCAAGUGACUGUUGACAGUGAUCAGAAGCAGAUCUAUAUUGGGGAUGACAAUCCUUUAACUCUCAUCAUCAAUGCUCAAAAUCUUGGAGAGGGAGCCUAUGAAGCAGAACUCUUUGUUACCAUCCCACCUCAAGCAGACUUCAUUGGUAUAGUUCGCAACAACGAGGCUUUAGCAAGACUCUCCUGUGCUUUUAAAACAGAGAAUCAAACUCGGCUGGUUGUCUGUGACCUUGGAAAUCCCAUGAAAGCAGGAACAAAACUCUCAGCUGGUCUUCAUUUCAGCGUUCACCAAGAAUCAGAGAUGGACACCUUUGUGAAGUUUGAUCUGCAGAUCCGUAGCUCAAACCUGUUCAACAAUCAAAGCUCCAUGAUCUCAUACCAGGUGGAUUUGGCCAUCUUAGCAGCAGUAGAAAUCAGAGGGGUCUCUUCACCUGAUCACAUCUUUCUCCCAAUUCCCAACUGGGAACCCAAGGAGAAUCCAGAAACAGAAGAUGACAUAGGGCCUCUGGUUCAACAUAUCUAUGAGCUCAGAAACAAUGGCCCAAGUGCCUUCAGCAAGGUGAUGCUCAAUCUACAGUGGCCCUAUAAGUAUAAGAAUGAUACUCUUUUGUAUAUUAUCAAAUACGAAAUUGAAGGGCCCAUGAACUGCACCUCUGAUAUGGAGAUUAACCCUCUAAAAAUAAAGAUGUCAGCUUCACAAGAAGAUGAAAAGAAUGAAACAAUUAAUGUGGAAAAUAACAGGGAUCACCAUAUCAACCGGAGGGACCUCAGUGCUGCUGAGGGAGAUGUGCAGACUUUAGGCUGUGGAACUGCAGAAUGUUUAAAGAUUUUUUGCCAAGUUGGUCGUCUGGAGAGGGGGAAGACUGCAGUUUUGUAUUUAAAGUCUCGCCUUUGGACUCAGACCUUCAUGAACAAAGAAAAUCAGAACCAUUCCUAUUCGCUCAAGUCAUCUGCUUCUUUCAGCGUCAUUGAGUUCCCCUACAAAAAUCUCUCCUUCCCUGAAGAUGUCCACAACUCUACAAUAGUAACAACAAAUAUCUUGUGGGGCAUUCAGCCAGCUCCCAUGACAGUGCAAGUAUGGGUGAUUAUACUAGCUGUCCUAGCAGGAUUAUCACUUUUAGCACUUCUUGUCUUUAUAAUGCACAAGGUGGGCUUCUUUAAACGUGUCCGACCGCCUCAAGAAGAACAAGAAAGGGAACAGCUGCAGCCUCAUGAAAAUGGGGAAGGGACAUCAGAAGCUUAAGCAGUGUUUUAGCUGUGUCAUUCACCAAAAGAUUUAGAAUGAUCAACAUCUUCCUUUGAAUAUGUGUAUUUUCUUCCUUGAGGGACAGCCAGUCCAGUUCAACACUGUAGAUAUCUUUUGGCAUUGACAAUAGUCUGAAAUUAACUCCAAAAUGAUAGCAAUAUAUUUUAGCUUCCCACAUAUUACUCAUGUUCACAAAUAUGACUAAUAACAUGCACUGAAGAACGCAUUUUAGUGCCACAGUUUUGCUUAUCUGGCUUAAGAAGCAAAGGUGGCAUUUCUUACUUUGUUGAUCGGUCCAACUUGAACUGCUACAGAGUUUCCAGACUAAAGAAAUUGCAUCUGUUUAAGGAAUACAUGGACACUAGUUGAAGACCUACAAUUGAACUUUCCAACUAGACUUUCCCAAAAUGAUCGCCAGUUCUGUGAAGUACAGAUCUCCUUCAGUUGUGUCUUUGUUGAAGAGUCCCUCCUGGAAGAGGGCUACAGUACGACCCUGUACCCAUGAAGGAUACAUUCGUGGACUUUCCAUGGAUAUGUGAAACCAUGGAAUAGCAAACACUGUUUUUUAAAAUGAGAAAAUAAUAAGAGAGGCUGGCAGACUUUACCAGGUUUUGGCAUAGUGUGGCUUCUCCAUGGGCCGUCAAUGGCAGGGGUAGGUAGAAGAUGGUGCAUCUUCUAAGGUGGUGUCACUGGGUGACUGUUAGCCACCCAGAGGUGGGAGACCUGUGCCAAGUUGGAGACAGGGCAAACUGAGCCCAGCUGCCCUGCCUUUCCUUUCCCUUCCCUCACCAGCCCCACAAGGCCACCUGCCUGCCAACCCCGAGCCGGGGCUUCACUGCAGGUAAGUGAAACUAUGGAUAUUAGUCCCACUGAUGCAGAGUUGUACUAUGUAUUUUAUCUGUAAUAAGGCUUUCUAAAUCUGCAUUUAGAAAGUCAAUGCCAACUUCCUUGAAUCUUUAAUGCAGAAGCUGUACUGCAUUUUCCAGAUUAUUAUGGAACUCAUCAGCUUCUUUUAAAGACACUGGCUACCAGGUUUGCAUGGCAUCAGGGGACUGAUUGGUUCACACAACCACUAUCUGUUACCUUUUCCAAUCUCUCAUAGGUAUUUUGCAUUUAAGAAAAUUCAGUCUUUUCAAGGUAGCCCAAAUUAUGCAUUCAGAAUAAUUUAUUCAAAUUAAGUAUAUUUGCUUACUUUGUAUAUGUUCUGCUUGAUUUUCAGAAUUCAUGUUUUAAAACUGAAUCACAAGAACCUACAUAAAUGUAGUGGUAGCACUUGAAUUUUUUACUUUGUAUCUGCAGCCCUCUCUGGCUCUGAAAAUGUCCUUGGGCAGUUUUUGAAGGCUUUUUACUCAUGUGGGAAUGCAGUGGGGACCUGGGGCUUUGAGAAGUCAAAGAGCCAUGGAUUGGGCCCCCUAGAAUAGGAGGGAAGAAAAAGAUGCUUCAAAGAGGUCAGUGGCGUUCCGAACUGGGGUGUCAUGCGGUGUGGGGGAUGGGGCUUUGGGGGCAAUGCUUGGGGGCAGAGUUGUGCAUGGGGCAGGUCUGGUGCCCUUCUUGUCCCUGCUCCGCACGCCUUUACUCUAGAGUAAAGCUGGACAGGGACUGGGGACACUGGGCCCUUUUCCUCCCUGCCCUGCGAGGCUUGGAAAUGGACCAGCCUUGCAAGGCGGGGACUGGGGACGUUGGGUCCACCACCUCUCUGCUGUGUACCAUGGCACCCAGCAAGGUGGUGGGGGAACACUUAGCGGUUGUCAUCCCCUUUGGUGGUGUCACCCAGUGUAGUCCUCAACCCCCAGUGAUGCUACUGUAUGAGAUGAAGUUGUAAUCCUGGAAAGUACAGUCGCCCCUCUCUUUUCAUGGGGGAUCCAUUCUGAGUAUUAAUUCCUGGUGAAAACAAAAAAUCAAUCAAGCCCCAUUGGGUUGAAUGGCUGCUCGAUCUUCCAUGUGCAGCCCUGCGUGUGCACUGCGGGCAUGUGCACCAUUGUCCCUCAGUGCUUGCCAUUUGCGAAAGAUCAAUGGACACGAAUGGCAAGACUGUGAAUGCUGAGGGACAAGUGUAUUAGGAAAUGAUGCAGAGUAAUAAAACUCCACCCAUUUACCGCUCUAACAGAGCUUGGAGCUCUUUCUUUUUAAGACUACAACUUCCAUAAUAAAAUAAAUAAAUAAUAAAAACUUUAUUUAUAUACCGCCCUUCGAAACAUCAGGGUGGUUAACAACAAUAAUAAUAUACAGCCAAUAUAGAUUAAAAACAAUGCAAUUAAAACAAUAAAAGAACAUGUGCCAAAACACAAACUACUAACAGAGGGGAGGGGAGAGGGGGCUCUCAGGGCAAGAAAUCAGGGGUAAGCCUGCUUGAAGAAGAACGUUUUCAGCCCCUUCUUAAAUUGGGCCAGGGAGGUUGCUGAACAGAGCUCAAU